UCAGCGGUGAGGAAGGAGUUUGGUGUAUUCCAGCGCGCAUACGCCCCCUACGCUCCUCUCCUCUCCUCCUCCUCUUCUUCUCCUCUCCUCUCCUCACAUCCAUCCACCCGAGAGAGCUGCUCUCGCCCCUCCGCUCAUUCAUCCGCUCGGACAGUCUCCAUCCUUUGACGGAGAACAGAAGCAGCAGGGCGGUGGCAAUCGCAAGCCCUCAAUGCUCGGCAUUUGGACGGAAAUCCGCGCGUCAAACCUGGAGAGACAGGACUGCAAGUGAUCGCUAUGUCAGAAAGAAGUUCAGCCGUAAAGAAUACAGCGGACGGAGGUUAUACGGAUCACGAUUCAAAGAUGUCGGAUGAGCACCGAGACACGGAUGAUUCGUCGGAGAAAACGCCUAGUAGGAUGUCCAGAUCCCCGCAGAAAUCCUCCAAAAGACCAAAGACAGUACCUGUGAAAGUCACACUGCUUGAUGGAUCUGCCUAUGAGACCGGGGUGGAGAAGCUCUGUAAAGGACAGGUGCUACUGGAUAUGGUUUGUGAACAUCUCAACCUCUUGGAGAAGGACUACUUUGGCCUGUCCUUCAGUGACACGGAGAGCCAAAAGAAUUGGCUGGAUCCUUCGAAAGAAAUCAAGAAACAAAUCCGUGUGGGUCCCUGGCAUUUCUCCUUUGCUGUCAAAUUCUAUCCUCCCGAUCCAUCUCAGCUGAUUGAAGACAUCACAAGGUAUUACCUGUGUCUGCAGCUGAGGGAGGACAUACUGUCAGGUCGUUUGCCCUGCUCGUUCGUCACUCAUGCUCUGCUGGGCUCGUACGCUGUUCAGGCUGAGCUGGGAGACUAUGACCCAGAGGAACACGGGCCAGACUACAUCAGUGAGUUCCGCUUCGCCCCCAAUCAGACCCGUGAGCUGGAGGAGAGGGUGAUGGAGCUGCACCGCAACUACAGGGGCAUGAGUCCUGCAGAGGCUGAAAUCAACUUCCUGGAAAACGCCAAGAAACUUUCCAUGUAUGGCGUUGAUCUCCAUCAUGCUAAGGACUCUGAAGGCAUUGACAUCAUGUUGGGGGUGUGUGCCAGUGGCCUGUUGAUCUAUAGAGACCGGCUGCGUAUCAACCGAUUCGCCUGGCCCAAGAUCCUCAAAAUAUCUUACAAGAGAAGCAACUUCUACAUCAAAAUCCGACCUGGAGAGUACGAGCAGUUUGAGAGCACCAUUGGCUUCAAGCUGCCCAACCACCGUGCCUCUAAGCGCUUGUGGAAGGUCUGCAUUGAACAUCACACAUUUUUCAGGUUGGUCUCUCCUGAGCCCCCUCCCAAAGGUUUUCUUGUGAUUGGCUCAAAGUUCCGCUACAGUGGGCGGACCCAAGCCCAGACACGCCAAGCCAGUGCUUUGAUUGACAGGCCAGCUCCUCAAUUUGAACGAUCAAUUAGUAGGAGGUACCUGCUGUCCCGCAGCAUAGAUGGAGAGUCUGCUUUAGGGGACACUAUGGACCGACUCUCUCAGCACACCUCCAGCGAGCCUAUGCCUAAUCUUCCCAGAGAUGAGCUGGACCAGGACUACCUGGAGCCCAGUCUGUAUCAGGACUUGGACCAAGAUCACGAACAAGCUGAAGACCAGCGACUUGAAAGUGACUUCACUCCAUCUAAGACUGUGGAGCUCAAGAGGGAGGAGGCAGGUUCUCCUGUAGACUCUAAGACGGAGUCGGACCAGGACUUGGCCCCACGUCCUAAACAGGAGGUACUAUUUCUCAUCGAUCAAAUGCCUGAGCUGUCACUCUCUGUAACUACACGUGUUGCAGUUUCUCUUUCUUUCUGUAAUUGUUUUCUAGAGGAAGUAACAGAAAACAGAGCGCUGAGAGAGCCCAACAGCAAACUGGUCCACAGAGAGAAACGUCUCUCUGGAGCCUCGUCUGGUAGCACUCCGGAGAAAAAAUCUGCCUCAGAGGAUUCCCUAUUGAUUGAGAAGCAAGAUGGUUGUCAAAGAAACCUGCCCCUCAGUAAAAAAGAUGAAAAGAGCAGGAGUCCUAGAGUAGCUUCAUUAGCCACUGGAUUCAACAGAGAGACAGAAGAUAAAAUGAGAGGGAAAACCAUCACAACACACAGUGUCAUAAGAGAAAAACAAAGUGUAGCAAAAAGGACCUCAACAGAAACCAUCCUAUCGCCAGAGAAGCCCCUGAGAAAUCGUGCUAAAAGCCCUGCUUUAAGGUACAACCAUUUCCAGGGUUCUGGUUCUUUGGAGGAGAAAGCAUAUGAUAAUGGGCACCCUCAGGACAGAUGUUUGUCAGAGAAUGUCAUUCAUACAAAUGGAUGUGAUGAAUAUGCAACAGAGAGACUCUGGGGCAAUAAAAAGUACAUGGGGGUAACCAAUAGAGAAGACAAUGACUUGGCAAGGUAUGUAGAGAGAAGCUUCGGAGAGGCUUCUCCCAAUGCAGCCAUGGACAAAUAUAUGAGAGAUCGAUAUAAUGAAAACCGGUGGGAGAGGCAAUCCUGUGAAACAGAAUCAGAAAACACCAGAGCAACCUUACAGAAGCAAACAUCUAAACCGGAUUCAAAGGGUAAAGGCUCAACAAUCCAGAGACAUGAUUCUACUGCAAGCGACACAUCACAGUCUGAGGUGAAACGAAUCGUUCCACUGAAGCCUGAGAGGUCAAAGAAGUUGAAAGGCAAUAAAGGAGCCAAGCUGCAAGGACAACCGAGUGAAAAAAGCAUUUCAGGAUCAUUUGAUGAAAGUGAAGAGACCAAGUCUAAGGAGGAGCAAGUUGGCUUUGAGAAUGCCCUGGACAGCUUGUCACAGCCCAGAAAUUCUGCAGCUUUAGAAAGCACUGGAACUUUUGCCAAGCAAGACUGGGCGAGUAAUUGUCACAAUAGGGAAAUUAGAGAAUAUAGCUGUCAGUCUCUCCAAGACAGGCCCCAAUUAAGGGAUCUCAAGAACAAUGCAGACCACAGACUUAGUAUCGAACAAGAUCAGUUUCUUUUUGAAGAUCCAUUGUUUAUGUUUGACUUUCCCACCAAUUCAGCAUUUCCAGCAUUUGACCAGAUUCCCCCUUUAUACCCACCUGUAAAAUCCCAGAGGGCAAGAGAUACACGUACCAAACCUAUCACCAAAAGCGAUUCUGGCAACAGUCUUCACAAGAGCUCCACAAUGGAAUCUUCCAAGAGGAAACCAGUGAGAGAGCCCUGGGAGAGACGCUUAGGAUCGGUGUCAGAAGAUGAUCCUGACCCAGACACUCUGUACCUGAAGGAGACCCACCUGGGCAUUGAGCGCAAAUGCUCGAGUAUCACUGUUAGCUCAACGUCCAGCCUGGAGGCUGAGGUGGACUUCACUGUGCUCAUGGACUUCCAAACGGGUAUCGAGGAAUUUUCUAGAGGCAUGACUGAGCUGGGGGAGAGAGACUUCUCACCUGAGUUUGGCCUCUCUGACCGUCCCACCCAUCCAGCCUUUAUACUGGGAGCAGAUCCUAUCUAUCUUCCAGAGGAGAGACCUGUAGAAGUACCAAGGCCCGUAGAGAAACCAAAGCCUGUUGUAGAACAGAAGCCACCGGAGGAACGUAAACCAGAGCCUUUUGUACCUAAGAAAGCUCCUCGGUCAGUAAAAGCUGCCCAAGCCCUGAGGAAAGACUCUACAGAACAAGCUAAUACCCAGUCGAUGAGACGGGAGAGCUCUGAGUCACCCCCAAUCCAUCCUCUCAGCAGAGAGAGCAGUGAAAUCAUUGCCUCCCAAGCUCUGAGGAAGACCGAGGUCAAGAUCGAGACACAGCCCAACGGCUCCGAGGUCACCACGACCAUAAUGGAGAUUGCAGACCCGGACCAUGGCAUCAGCGGUAUGCGAGAGGCCGCAUACUCUAUGACAGAGAGAAUCUCUCCUGUGAACCUGGGAUCAUUAGCUAGAGAUGGUUCACCUUUAAUGGUGACUGAGAAUGUAACAUCAGCCACUACAACUCAUGUUACUAAGACGGUGAAGGGAGGCUACUCGGAGACAAGAAUUGAAAAAAGGAUUAUCAUUACUGGUGAUGAUGAUGUUGAUCAAGAUCAGGCGCUUGCCAUGGCAAUAAAAGAAGCCAAGCAACAGCACCCUGACAUGUUGGUAACCAAGGCUGUAGUUGUCAGGGAAACAGAAUCUUCCACUCAAGAUCCACAUGAGGAAUCGAAGUCCUGAUCUCCUCAGUUCUCAGGACUUCAACGGGAAGCAACUGUUCCUCAAUGACUGCCAGUGGGUCGCCAACAUCUACAGACCUCUUAUUCUAAGCUUCUAGCUUCCACUUACAUACACGACACUAACAUUUACACGUGCACACAAACACAUGCUGCCUCCCAGAUGUCGGAACCUAUUCCUUCUCAUGUAAUUUCUAUUUUGUGUCUACAUUCGCUGUGGUAACAUGGACAUACUGGUUCAGGAGGCACACGUUCUCCUUGGCUGAGGACCGCUGGGGAAGGACAAAUUCAGCAUCACAUCGAUCAGACAGAUGAUUUAGCCGCCAUUGUAGUCUCUUGCUUUUUCUUCACAAAUGUGAAAACUAACCAAGCGUACUAUCGACAGCCCGAUGCUAACAUCAAGCAUGAGGCAUGGGGCUUUUUGAUGAACAUUGCUGAAGAUUUAGCUUAGUGGAGUGACAGUAGUGUCUAUUGAGUAGUUUUUUCUAGGGUUCAUUGAA